UUUAAUUAAGUCUCCUCUCUCGCGAUAGAAACAGAAACAGAAAGUCGAAAUUUUGAAAUUUUGGGAGUGAGAUGGCAACAGCAUCAAGCAACAUGAAGGGUUUCUACAGGCAAAAGAAGAAGAAGAGUGGUAUCAGAAAAUCCACAUCUACCAAUAAAUCGUCCCUUAUUCACGCCGCCACUCUUGGCUCUGAUAUUACCCAACCAACUGCCUUGGUUUCCCAUGAUUCUCCUGAUCUCAAAGAUGAUUAUGACAAACAUGAGGAUGUGUUGAGGCAAUUUGACAUGAACAUGGCAUAUGGACCGUGCCUUGGGAUGUCUCGGCUUGCACGUUGGGAGCGUGCUCAACGUUUAGGUCUAAACCCUCCGAAAGAAAUCGAAGGACUGUUGAAGGGCGAAAGGGUUCGAUCAGAAUGCUUGUGGGAUGGUUGCAUUUAGAAGUUACUAGUACUAAUAUUAUGCUUUGGUUGUAUCAUCGUAAGCUAAUUUAUGACUGGAAGUUGUGCCUUUUAAUUUACUGUGUUUUGUUCAGCCUCUGGCUGUGCUGUUAAUCUCUGUUUAUAUGUUCUGUUGAUAUUCACUUGUGAGCUUUCUCAUCUUAAUCAAAAACUUUUAUGGACGUAAAUGCUGUGUUGCUGAAAUUUGAGCUGCAGCUUUGCGUGGAGUACGAGAUUAUGGCUUAUGGCGGGUGAGCGAACAUGGAGUGUUUUUUAAUCGUAACUAUGUGGUUGCUUAUUCUGCUUUAGCAUAUCAAAGAGUGCAUUCUGAUUUGAAUUUAAUAAAAAACUGGAUAUUUUUCUA